UGUGUACUGCUGUCCCAGUUUUGAUGACUAAGCUUGCCAGCUGAAUAAUGAGUUUAGCAAAUGGAACUAUGGCUAUGAUUAGCCCCCCGAAUAGCAAUAUGGAUGCAACGAAUCGCGGUACCUGGGAGAAGGUCCUGGCUAUGCUGAUACUUGGCCUAGGCAGCUUCCUGUCUGGUAUGCUUCCUGCCAUUAUCUCAGAGCGCAACAGGAGACGAUUCCCACUGACUACGUCGCUGCUGUUGUGCUUUGGCGCGGGAAUUUUGCUGGCCACAGCACUAGUUCAUAUACUGCCUGAGGUGCGCGAGCAAAUGAAUUCGAAAUUCGCUGAGGUGGCCAUGUGUGGAGGUUUCUUCAUCAUCUACUUCAUUGACGAGUUUAUACACUAUUUCUUCGGCGAGGCCAUCCAGCAUACGCACAGUCACGGCCAUGAACAUGAACCUGAACCCUCACAUGCACAUGUCCAAACCGACCCAGACAGGGACCACAAUGGAUAUGGCGCAAUCAGUGAACGUGCGCCCUUGCUAUCAGCACAGCAGCAGCCGGCGUCGCAUUCACAUUCCCACCACAACGAAAACCAUGAUCACGCCUCUUCCGGCUGUAAUGAUGCCAGGGUAGAGGAUGCGAAUGCCCGCAUAUGUCAUACCAGCCACACGGAACCAUGUGCCCAGUCCAUGACGGGUACUCUCGGCCUCUUUGUUGCAUUGUCUCUGCACUCGGCCAUUGAGGGACUGGCGAUUGGGGUACAAAACUCAUCCACAAAGGUCUUAUUUCUUCUUGGCGCUGUGGCUUGCCACAAAUUCGUGAUGGGCUUCUGCCUGGGCCUAGAGUUUCGCUCCAAUCCUCAGACCAGUGUGCGCUCCCAAUUCAUUGGCAUCUUGGUAUUCGCUUUGGGUGCCGUCUGCGGCAUUGCCCUGGGUAUGCUUAUCGUGGAUGUGCCCGCCGAAUGGUCUUCGAAAACUCUACCCAUUGUUCAGGCUUUGGCCGGCGGCACGCUCUUCUACGUCACCGUCUGUGAAGUGAUACCCCGCGAGAAGGCACGCUGGCAUUCGCAUCCGACGCGACGCUGGGCGGGAUUUGCGCAAUUUGCGACUGUUGUUGCCGGCUUUGCCACCAUGUGCAUUAUAAACUUUUAUCUUUCUGAUGAGGAAUGAGAAGAAUCUUUGUCGGCAGAAGGAUGACGUUUGCGCUGUGUUCUUUUCAUUUUUAAGACAUUAAUUUAAUUGGGCAGCUCAUUGUUAAUGUUUAGGAGAAUUUUUUAUAGAUAUGUACUGUAGGUUUGAAGAAUCUUUGUUAUAGAAUAAAACGUAUUUGUAUCUGGA